AUGGACACCACAAAGAUCAUCCUCGACACGAGGCUGGAGCUGCUCGACUACGCAAAUGACUACACCACCUACGCCUCCAAGCUGACCACUCGCCUCCGAAGCACCAAGAAGAGGCUGGGAAUUCCGGGAAAGAGCCAUGGCAAGCCAUCGAACGUCGACAUAACUCCCUCGCAGUUGGCGCAAAACCAUGAGUUCAUCCAGGUCCCUCUCCUCAAGGCCGAGCGCUGCUGGGCCAAGUCCAUGGCGUGGCAUUCAAGAGAUACCAUCAAUAGCGACACCCGUUCCAACAUUGUGUCGAAGCUCGUGAAAGCUGUCAAGGUUGUCGAGAACCUCGUUGCCACGUUAUCCGACAGCGCAAGCGGUGCGAUAACUUCAGAUGUUCUCAGCGCAAAGGCAUACGCCGCCGUGCUGAAGGGCGACUCGUCAUUCCGGGCCAAGAGGUGGGAAGAGUGCCUGAACAACUACAGUGUUGCAAAGGUCAUCUACAGCGCAUUGCCGUCGUCCAAACUGGAGGGAAAUACCUUCAGAGACUAUGUCUCGGGGUCUGUGGAUACCCCUCUGCGGUUUGCGCAGCGCCAGCAGAAUAUACCAACAUCGCUGUCCCUCCUGUCUCUUGCGAAACAGCAUCUGCCGCAAUCCGACAAGGCUCUGGUCUCCGGCGUGGAGGAGGUCGCCCCUGGCUUCCUCAAGCAGGACGAAGAUGCCGAUAUGGCCAACGGUGGUCCCCUCAAAACUGUCACAUGGAGGACUAGGGAGGUUCCCGUAGAAGACGCUGAGAUUGCCUCGAAAUUGGCAGCCCUGGAGACUGCUGCUUCCGAGUUGUCCCAAAAGCUGGGUUCUUCCCCUGACCUGCGGCCGAAUGUUAAGGCUGAGGCCUACGACAGUGUUCUUGAGAUCAGCAACUAUGCGAUUGAGGCGACGCUUCAGGCCAUUGACGAGCUCAAACAGCAGAGCGUGCCUCAAGGCGACCCAAGGAUGCAGAACCUGGCCAUACUGCGAACUAAGCUUAACUACGAUUUGUUGAGUUGGCAGAUAGGGCGAAACCGCGUUCUGCUGGGUCAGCAGGAUGGCGCCGUGCUAGAAGACGGCCCAGGCUUGAAGAAGGGCAGCGCUGCAGACACCGAGGCGCCCGCAAUCAAGGACAGCCAGCAAGUCAAGCAGCUGGAGAAGAAGGCAAACGUGUAUAGCAAGACAUUGCAGAUCCUGGAUGCGGCAAAGGAGCUUCCAGGUGUCGCGGCAGACGAGCAUCUUGCAGCAGAGAUUGACGCCGUGUCCAAAUAUUUCACAGCGUUGAAGUCUCUUGCAAUUGCUCGGUCUCACACACUGAUCGGUAAUCCUGCGAAUGCGCUCGCUCUCAUCAAGCACGCUCAUGACCAAAGCCAGGCUGCUUUGCCAGUAAUUGUCAAGCACAAUGAAAGCAAGGACACUGGCCUGAAGACCAUCGAGGUCGUCAAAUCAGACGCUGAAUUCCUUCAGAACCUACUGAAGGGAGAGCUGCAGCGUUGCCGGGCGCUGGUCGAAAUUGCCAACCUGCGGAAGCAGGCCGACAAGGGAGACUCCAAGGCGGCACAACGGCCCCUGAUCGACAAGCUCGGCCAGUACCCCUCCAAGGGAGUUAACCUCGAGAACAUUGUCACCUAUCCUCCAAAGAUGGAACCUAUUCCCAUCAAGCCAUUGUUCCUGGACGUGGCGUGGAACCACGUCCAAUACCCCCAGAAGCAAGCAGCGAAAGCGGGCGCUCUCGAAGACAAGACGAACGCCAAGUCUGGAGAGCCUGAGAAACAGCCUGCUAAGAAGGGCUGGUUUGGAUUCGGCAGGGGCUAG